GAGAGAGAGUUUGCUGGAGCAGCAGAGCUGCAGGUAAACGGAUGUUUGUCAACACGAUCAUUUCCCUCAUGACACACCGAUGACUAAUGAGCAGAUUCAUUAAUUACUGGAGCUUCUCCUCUGAUCUGACUCAGCGCAGCUGCAUCAUCCAGGAUGAAGCCCAACAAAAGAGUUUUUGACGAGGACCUGAAUGGAGACACUGAGUUUUCUGCCAUGUCAGACAGCGACCCGUGUGAAGACGACAGUUACCCUCUCAACCUAUCCACCAGCGGCAGAAGAAGCGGUUCUUCCGCCAAACGCCGCCGCCGCGGAAACCUCCCCAAAGAAUCCGUUCAGGUUCUGAGGGACUGGUUGUACGAGCAUCGCUUCAACGCUUAUCCAUCUGAGCAGGAGAAACUGAGCCUGUCUGGACAGACGCAUCUGUCUGUAUCACAGAUCUGUAACUGGUUCAUAAACGCCCGCCGGAGGCUCCUGCCGGACCUGCUCAGGAAAGACGGCAAAGACCCCACUCAGUUUACAAUGUCACGACGCACCAGCAAACCAGACAGAUCCGCCUCCCCGGAAUGCCCCACCUCCUCGACCCGCCCCUCUGUCAUAUGCCCCGCCCCCACAUUGGACUUGAGGCUUUUGGGUAACACUGCAACAGCAAUUUUGGCCGGAGCUGGUUGCUUGCCGUCAUCAGGAAACCAAGACGGCAGUGUUCAGGCUCUGAUGCAGCUGGACACUCGAGGUCUGCUGAGACGGGAAGGCCUAACUGGAGACCAUCACCUGACGACCAUCCCGUUUGCUUCUACCUCUGUCACAACCCUGGGAGCGGUGAGCCCGACUGGGGUCCUGUUCAACACGCCUCCGCCUACCCCACCGGAGCUUUGCCCUCAAGAUUUCAGCGAUCUGAAACUUCUGGUGGACGCUGCUCUGCAGCGAGCAGCCGAGCAAGAACUCAGCCAGCAGAAAGAACAAACAACAGAACAGCAAAUGAACGGACCUGCAAAUGAAAGUUCAAGAGUGCUCACCCAGAAUGGCAAUUCGGAGACUCCUUUAAGGGAUGAAUCUAAUCCUGCACCCAUCUUGAUGGAGAACGCAGUAUUACCAGUAUCCGUUCCUGUCAUGAGCCACACUUUUCCAGGCCUUCCUGUCGAUCUGAGCACGGGCGGUGUCUCCAGUGUGGAAUCUGGAAGCUUUGCGUCUUCUGGGGUGUGGAGUGUCCGACAACCCACUCCACCUGCGAAUGUGGUAUCACAUACGUGGGUUUCACAGUACACCCAUAACACGGUCACGGAAGCGGUUAACUAAAAACUCAAGGAGACCAACUGACUUUGGACUUCAUUUGUUUGCUUGUUUUUGUUGGAAGACUCUGGAGCAGAUGUAAACUUGCCUCCCCAAAUCGUUGUCAUGGAUACCGUAUGGAUGUUGCUUGGUACCCAGAGAGCCUCAUCUCUGAUGUUCACUACAGGGGAUUCAGGAGUGAAGGUUCUACACCACAAUGUAUUUCUAAGACAUUUUAAAAACCUUUUAAACCAAAACCUUUUACCUUUUUUAACUACGUGAAGUUUAUGGGCAUGCAUGAAAUGCUCUUCAGAAAUAAUCCAGCAUUUCAGACUCCAGAAUUUUCGAGACCAGGUGGAGGUCCUUUCAGGCGGAAAUAUUACCAUGUGCAAACACCAGCAAAUUCAAAGCCUGUGCAACUCAGGUUUGCAGCCAAGAGAUUUUCAUUUAAACAUUUGUAAUUGAAGUGGCCUUGCUUUGUUUUUGAAAGAAGCUCCACAUGUAGUUGCUUUUGCCUGUUUGCAUCAGUAUAUCCACUAGGGUUGGACGUCUAGGUGUCAUAGCAUGCUUUACUUAUGUGUGAAUGCAAAGACCAGCAUGCAAUGUUUAAAUAUCAGCAUUUAGAAACCAAAUGUGCUCUGAUUUUGCCUGAAAGCCACUGCUGAUGAAGCCUCUAAUUCUACAGUCUCAGCUUUGAAAGUCUUUCCCAGUAGUAUGAUCUUUGUCAUAUUUCCUGCACUUUAUAGUCUGUAAUUUCACCUACUCGUCGUUAUGUCAGGACCGUCUGUCCAGUCUCAGAAUAAGAUCCGAGCACUCUCUCCACGGCUUGACGUGGGUCUGUGCGGUGGUGGCUCAUCAGGAAAUUGAUCGUACUGCAGAGCUCAUCUCUCACGUCUCACGUCUGUCUGAGAUGCGGGAGGGAGGUCGUCUCAAAGACGGAGCCGGCAUUGAUUUUUCUUCAGUUCUCAUGUAACGUGAUCGUAGGGCUGUAGCUUUAUUUUUCCUUAAAUGAUCAUUGUUCGGACAGUAUUGUUGGGUGAAGUAGAUGAUCUGCGUUAAUAAUUGUUUUGCAUAUCUCAGUGUAGAGAGAGACAUCAUGUGGAUGUUUUAGUGAGUGUGAGCCUGACAGUGUUUUUUGACGCUAAAGGAGUGUCAUGCAUUUAUAAGAAGAAUUUAAAGUCUGUUUGUACCUCUUUGAGACGAACUGAAGUGCUUCUUUCUCGCUCAUGAUCUGUGAAUGUAUCUAGAGAACUAACAUUUAGAAACAGAGAAAAUGCUUUCCAACUCAGUCUCUUUCUCUUUUUGUACACUAGAGGAUCUAGAUGCAUGUGUGAUUUUUAUGCUUGUAGUUUCCAUGAAACUGAGAACAUGUACAGAUAGUCAGAUUAGUCUUUAAAGUAAUGAUUUUAACCUUUUAGUAUUCUUAUUAUUCACAUUAUUUCAACGUAUUCUCUCAAAAACGUGCCAUAAUUCUGGUUAGUUUUGAUCAUGCUGGGUAAAGGUCAGUUCUGUAGUACUGUACAUGUUUCUUCUCAUUUUUCAGUGCGUCUCAGGUUUAUUGUAGUUUUUGUUUGACUUUUCCUCCUUGGGUUUGAGUCAUUUUAAUUUUCUUCUCUGAAAUCACAAAGAGAGUUUUAUCUAAAUAUCUAUAAGGUGCAUUUUUUUUUUUUUCUUUUUCUUUUCUUUUUUUGUUCCAUGUUUGGGCUGAUUAUGAGAAGGCGACUGUCAUGUAGCAUCACAAACUGUAUUGCAGAUCUAAUUAACUAACACUUCAAAACCACUGUGACCAUUCGGUUAGUUACUGGAACAGUGAUGGGUACUGGAAGUAAAAUUAUAUUUUUCAUAUAAUAUACUCUAUUUUUUCACCUGUUCAAAAAGACCAAUAUUAAUAUUCCUGGAAGUGUAUUAUUGAUGUUCUUAUUGCAAAAACGGUCUUCUUGAUGACAAUGUGAAACAUGUAAAUAUAUCAUUCAGGUUUUUGUCUGGCGUAGACCUGCUUUUAACGUGUAUAUACAUCAGAUAUGCGUAGCUCUCUCCUGUACGACCAAAUACAUGGAUUUUUUUUUUUUUUUUUAAAGAUCAUGUGUGUAUGUAUAACUGAGGACAGUAAAACUGGCAUUUGUGCCUUACCUGCUUCCUUA